AUGUUAAAUUCAAAUAAUGAGGCGCUUCUCAAACAGGUCAACAAAAACCAAACUCUCCUAAUCCAAAAAUUACAAGAUGACAUUCAACUCCUUAAUGAAGAAAUCGAAGCUUCUAAUCAACAAAUUGAAACUCUCAAAUCAGAAAAUGAUUUAGCAUUAUCUCAACAAUAAUCUAUAAUUCAAGAUCUUAGAAAUGAAUGCUAGAACUAUCAACAAUAAAAUAUGGAACUCCAAUCCAAAUUCACUUAAUCUGUCUUAUAAAAUCAAUUGCUUUAAUCCAAAUACGACAAAAAGAAUAAAUAAUAUACAGAUUAAAUUAUAGAACUCAAGCAACAAAUCAAAUUAAUUCAUCUAAAAAAUUAAGAUUAUCAAAGAGAAAUUAUAGAUCUACGUAAAUCCUUGGAUUUCAAAAAAAUAGAACUUUCCAAAGCCAUUGACAACUCUUCUUUAUUAAAUGAAUAAAAUAAACAACUAAAGGCUAAUUUGGAUCUGUAAAAGGUUGAUUAUUAAAAUAAGAUUGAUGAAAUUUAAAAUUUAAUUCAAGACAAAGAUGAAGAGAUCACUCUAAUCAUAAAUGAUAACAAUUUAUUAAAUAAAAACAAUCUAGAAUUAAUAGAAAAAAAUGACAAUUAAUCGCAAACUUUUAAAUCAUAAAUCCACACUCUAGAGCAAGAAAAUCAAAACCUUUAAAUUCAAUUAUCAGAUGUCCUAAAUUAAAAUUGUCUUCUAAAAUAAUAAUUAUUGUAGAAAUCUUAAGAAAUGCAAAUCAUAUCCUCUUCUAUAUAAUUAUAAUCAGCUGCUGAAUCUCAAUAAUUAAUGAUUUAAUAACAAUGUUCAAAUUUAUAGAAUCAAAACAAUUAACUAGAAAUGAUUUUAUAAUAAAAAGAAAAUGAUAUUUAAUCCUUUUAAUAAAAUAUUCAAGCUCAAUAUGAUUAAAUAACAUAAUAAAAAUAAUAAUAUAGAGAUCUAGAGUUCUUAUAUCAAUAAUAAACUUAAAAUAUCGAAAAGAACAAUCAAGAAUUACUUAAUUAAAUUAAUAAUCUAUAAUAAUAGAUAUCAAAACUUACAUCUGAAUUGAAAGAAUCUGAUAUAAAACAUGUUUAAGUUAAACAAAUAUAAGAAAGUACUAUAUCAAAACUAAAUCACGAUAUUCGAUUAUUAGAAUAAAAAAAUGAAGAUUUGAUUUUACAUAAUAACAAACUUAUAAAUGAAAUCAAAUAAAAUGAAUUAAUACAAUAAAAAGAAUCUACAAUUAUUUGUUAGAAAAAUUCAGAAUUUGAAAUUUAACUCUUAGAAUCAUAACAUUAAAUAGAAGAUUUAAAAUAAGAAAAAUAAAAAUAAGAACAUGUUGUUGAGAUGUUAAAUCAUUAAUUAUAAGUUUAAAUAUAAUUACAAAACAAAUUAGAGGAAGAUAUAAAUAAAUAUUAAAGCUUUCUCAUAUCACAUGAUAAACAAUUAGAAGCUAUCACUUCUAAUGAAAGUUCUGACUCUAGUGAUUCAAGCGAAGAAUUAAUUACAGAAAAAUCAUAAUAAUUAAAUUUUGAUGUACUAUGUACUAAAUUAACAGAAAAAAAUAGAUUAAUCUAACUCAGAUUAGAAAUUUAUGAAAAAUAAAUUAAGCAAUAUAAAUAAGAACUUCAUUCUAAAACUAUAGAAAUUUAAAAGCUUUUUAGUGAAAAUUCUGAAUCAAAUUUAAAACUUUAAAGAUUAUCAUAAAUUCAACCUAAACUAGAAUAAUAGCUAGAAAGCCAGGAAGAAACUUUAAAAUAAAAGGAUUUAAAUAUUGAAAAUUUAACAUUGUAAAUUACAAGGUUGAAAGUGUAAUUUAAUGAAAUUGAACAAAAAAAUUUAUCUCUUGAAAACUAAAUAAAAAUAUUAAUAGAAGCUUAAGAUAAUAAAACAUUGGAUUUCUAAAAUUAAAUAUUAACUCAAGCAAAAUAAUAUGAUAUAAAGAUUGAAGAAUUAACAAAAACAAAAUAAGACAUUGAAAUACAAUUGAUUCAAAGUGAUAAUAAAAUCAAAUAAUUAGAGAUAGAGAAUGAAUCAUUAAAUCUAAAAAUUGCCUCUUUAGAUGUAGAACUUUCAAAUUUAUAAAAUCAACUUUAACUUGAACUUGUUACCAAAAAUGAUUUAUAAAGUAAUUUGAAUUCUAUAAAAGAAGAAUUAAUUUCAAAUUUCGAUUUACGCACUUCUGAAACAACAUAAGUUUCAAUCUUUGAUCAAGUAUUUCCAAAUAUCAAUUAUCAAGUGUUAUUAUUUAUCGAAGAAAUAAUAGAAAAUAUCAAGAAAUAAUUAUAUAUUAAGAUGGAUAAUCUAGAAAACAAUCUUUUAAGAACUAUUAAUAAAUAUUAAAAAUUAUUAGAAAAAAUUUAAAAGAAUUAUCACAAUAUUUAAUAAUUAUAUGAACUAAGUCAAUAGACAUUAAUACAAAAUGAAAGUCUAUAAGAAGAUUAAAAUAAAAAACUAUUAAUAUAAAUUAAAUCUUUUUAGGAAGAAUUAAAUUACAAAAACACUCUCAUCCAUCAAUUAGAAGAAUAAUAAAAGAAAUUAUUACUUGAUUAAUAAAAUAUAGAACAGUAGAAUCUAGAUUAAUAGAAUAUAAUAAAUCAAUAAUAAUAAAAAUUAGAUGAAUUUCAUUAAACAAAAAUUUCUGAACUUGAAAAAAUAAUUGCAAAUUAACAAUUAGAAAUGGAUUAGUUUCUAAAAAAAAUUACUCAAUUAGAAUAAUAAGUUUAAGAUUAAAAAAAUUAAGUUAAUUCAAAAUAAAAUAGAAUAAAUGAAUUAAAGUAAGAGUUGAAUCAUUUAAAAAAUGAUUAGACUGGAGUAAAAUUUGAUUAAUUGAAAUUUUAAUAACAAUAAAAUUAGAUAUUAGAACUUAUUUCGAAUAAUACAAAUUUAACUCAAUAAAAUUUAGAUGCAUAACGCAGAUUAAAAUAAUUAGAAGAUUCAAAUUAAAAUUUAUAAGAUAAAAUAAAUCAACUAGUAAAAUAAGGAGUAAGCCAAAAGGAAAUAAUUAAUUCAUUACAAUAAUAAAACUAGUUAGAAAUUAAAUAAAAUCUUGCCUUGAUGUAACAGAUGGAUCCUUUAUAAAAGCAGAUAGAAUAUUUAACAAGAGAAAAUCGAAAGCUAUAACAAUCCAAUAACGAUUUUGAAAAAGCUUAUGGAAAAUUACCUAUUUAUGGUAGUCCUAGCCCCAAAAAAGUUUAAAAUAUUGACUAAAAUUAAAUCAAAAAAUUUGAAGAAGAAUUAUAACAGAUAUAAUUGAAAUUCACACAAGAAAUGGAGGAAAAAAAUAAAGAACUAAAAAAUAUUUCUAAAGAGUAUGAAUUGCAAAUAAAAUAAUUUAAAGAUGUAAAUUAAGAUGAAAUUAAUAAAUUAGAAAAAAAUUGUAAUGUUUUGAGCAAUGAAUUAAAAGAAUAAUAACUUUAAAACAAUAAAUUAUUGGAAGACAAUCACAAAUUUAAUAGAGAAAAUUUAUAAUUAAUUCAAAAUAUUGAGAAAUUAACAUUAUAGCUGAAUGAGUGUAGUCAAAAUUAAAUAAUAUUAACCUAAUAAGAAAACGAAUUGAUAAGAAUCAAUAUGCUUAACUAACAAAUAUUAGAUGAAAACUAAAAAUUAUAGAAUCUUAUAAUCAACUUGGAGGAGGAAAAUAAAAGUAUAAAAUAAUAACAAAAUUUAUUAAGUAUAGAGUUAGAAAAAUAAAAUAAUGAAUAUUCGAUUUAGAUAAGUUAAUAGAAGGGAAAUUAUAGAGAUUUACAAAAUUAGAGUUUAGAAUAAAAAAAAAUAAUAGAAUAGAAGUUAUGUGAGAUUAAUAAUGAAUUGAAGAAUAAAGAGUUUGAAUUUGGUAAAACAAUUGACAAUUUUAAAAAAUUGAUUGCUGAUCAAAACAUAUAAUUAUAGAAUUCUAAAAAGAAUAUAUAAGAUCUAUAAUACUAAAUUAAUAUUUAAGAAGAUUAAAUACUUUAAUAUAAUGACUAGAUUCAAGAAAAAGAGAAAUAGGUAUAAAUUUAAAUUGAUUAACAUAAAAAUAUUGAAAUUGAUCUUAAUAAUCAAGUAUAACAUCUUUAAACAAUAAUUAAUGAUCUAAAUGAAUAAUUAUAGAAUUCUAAGAAAAAUAUAUAAGAUCUAUAAUAAUAAAUUAAUAUUUAAGAAGAUUAAAUACUAUAAUAUAAUUACUAGAUUCAAGAAAAAGAGAAAUAGGUAUAAAUUUAAAUUGAUUAACAUAAAAAUAUUGAAAUCGAUCUUAAUAAUCAAGUAUAACAUCUUUAAACAAUAAUUAAUGAUCUAAAUGAAUAAUUAUAGAAAUCUUAGAGUUAUAUUCUAGAAUUAUAAUAAUCAUUAAAAGCUUCAGAAUAUUCAAUUAAUACUUAUAAAAAUUAGAUAGAAGAAAAAGAAAAGCUAAUAUUAACAUCAAUUAAUGAAUCAAAAACAACCAAUAUGGAUUAUAAUAAUAAAAUUGAUUUUCUUUAAUAACUACUUGAUGACUAAAAUUAACUACUAUCAAAUUCUAAAAAGAAUAUAUAAGAUCUAUAAUACUAAAUUAAUACUUAAGAGGAUUAAAUACUAUAAUAUAAUAACUAGAUUCAAGAAAAAGAUAAAUAUAUAUAAAUUUAAAUUGAUUAACAUAAAAAUAUUGAAAUUGAUCUUAAUAAUAAAGUAUAAAAUCUUUAAACAAUAAUUAAUGAUUUAAAUGAAUAAUUAUAGAAUUCUAAGAAUAAUAUAUUAGACCUAUAAUAAUAAAUUAAUAUUUAAGAAGAUUAAAUACUAUAAUAUAAUUACUAGAUUCAAGAAAAAGAGAAAUAGGUAUAAAUUUAAAUUGAUUAACAUAAAAAUAUUGAAAUCGAUCUUAAUAAUCAAGUAUAACAUCUUUAAACAAUAAUUAAUGAUCUAAAUGAAUAAUUAUAGAAAUCUUAGAGUUAUAUUCUAGAAUUAUAAUAAUCAUUAAAAGCUUCAGAAUAUUCAAUUAAUACUUAUAAAAAUUAGAUAGAAGAAAAAGAAAAGCUAAUAUUAACAUCAAUUAAUGAAUCAAAAACAACCAAUAUGGAUUAUAAUAAUAAAAUUGAUUUUCUUUAAUAACUACUUGAUGACUAAAAUUAACUACUAUCAAAUUCUAAAAAGAAUAUAUAAGAUCUAUAAUACUAAAUUAAUACUUAAGAGGAUUAAAUACUAUAAUAUAAUAACUAGAUUCAAGAAAAAGAUAAAUAUAUAUAAAUUUAAAUUGAUUAACAUAAAAAUAUUGAAAUUGAUCUUAAUAAUAAAGUAUAAAAUCUUUAAACAAUAAUUAAUGAUUUAAAUGAAUAAUUAUAGAAUUCUAAGAAUAAUAUAUUAGACCUAUAAUAAUAAAUUAAUAUUUAAGAAGAUUAAAUACUAUAAUAUAAUAACUAGAUUCAAGAAAAAGAGAAAUAGGUAUAAAUUUAAAUUGAUUAACAUAAAAAUAUUGAAAUCGAUCUUAAUAAUAAAGUAUAAAAUCUAUAAACAAUAAUUAAUGAUUAGAAUGAAUAAUUAUAGAAAUCUUAGAGUUAUAUUCUAGAAUUAUAAUAAUAAAUAAAUAAUUAAGAAAUACAAAUUAAUGAAUAAAUGAGUUAGAUAUAAGAAAAAGAAUAACUUAUAUCAAAUAAAAUAAUUUAAUCAAAUGAUUUAAAUUAAGAAUUAAAGAAUAAAGUAUAAAAUCUUUAAAAAAUUAUAGAUGAUUUAAAUAUAUAAUUAUAGAAUUCUAAGAAUAAUAUAUAAGAUCUAUAAUAAUAAAUUAAUAUUUAAGAAGAUUAAAUACUAUAAUAUAAUAACUAGAUUCAAGAAAAAGAGAAAUAGGUAUAAAUUUAAAUUGAUUAACAUAAAAAUAUUGAAAUCGAUCUUAAUAAUAAAGUAUAAAAUCUAUAAACAAUAAUUAAUGAUUAGAAUGAAUAAUUAUAGAAAUCUUAGAGUUAUAUUCUAGAAUUAUAAUAAUAAAUAAAUAAUUAAGAAAUACAAAUUAAUGAAUAAAUGAGUUAGAUAUAAGAAAAAGAAUAACUUAUAUCAAAUAAAAUAAUUUAAUCAAAUGAUUUAAAUUAAGAAUUAAAGAAUAAAGUAUAAAAUCUUUAAAAAAUUAUAGAUGAUUUAAAUAUAUAAUUAUAGAAUUCUAAGAAUAAUAUCUAAAAUCUAUAAUAAUAAAUUAAUAUUUAAGAAGAUUAAAUACUAUAAUAUAAUAACUAGAUUCAAGAAAAAGAGAAAUAGCUAUAAAUUUAAAUUGAAUAACAUAAAAAUAUUGAAAUUGGUCUUAAUAAUCAAGUAUAACAUCUUUAAACAAUAAUUAAUGAUUAGAACGAUUAAUUAUAGAAAUCUAAGAAUUAUAUUCUAGAAUUAUAAUAAUAAAUAAAUAAUUAAAAAAUAUAAAUUAAUGAGUAAAUGAGUUAGAUAUAAGAAAAAGAAUAAUUUAUAUCAAAUAAAAUAAAUUAAUCAAAUGAUUUAAAUUAAGAAUUAAAGAAUAAAGUAUAAAAUCUUUAAAAAAUAAUUGAUGAUUAAAAUGAAUAAUUAUAGAAUUCUAAGAAAAAUAUCUAAAAUCUAUAAUAAUAAAUUAAUAUUUAAAAAGGUUAAAUACUUUAAUAUAAUGACUAGAUUCAAGAAAAAGAUAAAUAUAUAUAAAUUUAAAUUGAUUAACAUAAAAAUAUUUAAAUUGAUCUUAAUAAUAAAGUAUAAAAUCUAUAAACAAUAAUUAAUGAUUUAAAUGAAUAAUUAUAGAAUUCUAAGAAUAAUAUAUUAGACCUAUAAUAAUAAAUUAAUAUUUAAGAAAUAUAAAUUAACCAAUAUAACAAUCAGAUUUAAGAAAAUGAGUAAGCUUAUUAAAUAAAAAUUUUGAAUUCUAAUAACAAUAUUGUUGCUUUAAACGAUAGAUUAAAAGAUUCUGAAAAUCAAGUUCUAAACCUUACAAAAUAAAUAUAAAAUGAAUAGAACAAACUAAAUGAUUAGUAAAAAUUGCUUGAAGAAGAGUAGGCAAAAGCGUAGUAUAUUCUAGAAGAAUUUACACUAGAGAAUUAAAAGUAAAAAUAGCUAGUAAUGGAUUAAGAGGAAUAAAUUAAUAUGUUAACUAGUAUUAAAUAAUAAAUUGAGUUAAAGUUAAUUUAAGAAUAAGUGUUAAAUAAUUAAUUAAAAAAGGAUAAUUUUGAAAAUGAAUAAAAAUUAAAUUAAUUAUUGAUCUUAGAAUAAGAUUAAAAAAAUGAAAUUAUGAAAUUAAAUAAUUAAAUUAGAAUUGAGUAAGAUGUUAUAAAUAAUCUUAAGUUAAAACAAGAAGAGGAAGCUAAAAAUAAAAUAAUAUUAUAAGAUCAAAUUAAGGAAUACUUGUAAGUUAUUUAAAGCUUAUAAAUUGAAGUUAAAGAAGUACCUAUUAUUGAAUAACAACUUAAAGACAAAAUGAAAGAACUUGAUAAUAAUAGAAUCACUUAAGAUGAAUUAUAGGAUAAAAUAAAUGAGUAGGAAAGUCUUAUUUAAUAAUUAGAACAAGUAGUUUAAUCAAGUUCAGAAUCAUUUCAAAUUUUAUCUUUUUAAAAAGAAUAGCAUUAGAUUGAAUUAAAUAAGAAAUAGAAAUAAUUACAAGAUAAGGAUAUAUUUAUUCUUGAAUAAGAAACGAUUAUAGGAAAUCUUAAGGAGAAUUAUGUUAAAUAAUAAAAGCAGUUACAAGAGAUGUAGAAUGAAAUUUUAAUCAAUUAAACUUAGAAUUAAGAGAAUUGUAGUUUAUUAUAAAAAAAAAUAGAUGAGUUGGAAAAAUAGAAAAUGGAUCAAGAAAACAUAAUAUCAUAAUAUUAGAUUAAAAAUCAGGAAAUAAACAAGAAAUAUGAUCAAAGUGAAUAAUUAAAUUAAGAAUUAAAAUAAUAAUUAAAUGGUCAAUUUGAUUAAGUUAAUUAUAAAUAAUAGUAAGUUGUAAGUUUGGAAAAUAAAAUAAUGUAACUAAACAAUACAAAUUUAGCUUAAGAGCAAAAGAUUGCAGAAUUUAAUUAGAAUAUUAAUUAAUAGGAUUAAUAAAUUAAUGAUUUAAAAAAUAAGAUUAAAGUUUUAAUCUAAGAAAUUUCUGAGAAAGAGGAUAAAUACAAAAACGAAAUAGAAUAAUAAAAAAUGGAAAGUAUAUCUAAUAAAAUAUCUUUUGAGAACAAGUUUUAAUAGUCAAUUAUUGAAUAGCAUUAAAAAUUAGAGGAUUAAGAGAAAGAUUAUAAGAUUUAAUAACAAGUUAUGUAGGAUAAUUUGAAUUAAGAAAAAUUGGUAUCUAAGCAAUUUGAGGAGCAUAAUAAAGAAUUAUAAAUAAAAAUCCAAAAUUUAGAAACAUUAUUAGAGAAACUUAGUGCAGAGAAUGUAAACUUAUUAAGUAAAAUUGAAGAGCUUAUGGUUGAAAAUAGUAAUCAUUAAAGUGAAUUAGAGAAAAUAAAGAAAUAUAAAGAAGAACUUGAGGUUAAAUAUUAAGAUAUAGAACAUUAAAGGAAUGAAACAUUAGAUUCAAAUAAAAGUUUAUAAGAAAUGUUAUUUGAAUUAAAAUAGAUUAAUGAGAAAAUUGUUGAAUAAAAUAAUGCUAAGUAAAGAGAGAUGGAUGAAAUAAAGAAUUUAAAUUAAAGUUUAGAAAAGAGACAUUCUUUACUUAUAAAUGAGAAAUCAAGUUUGUUAGAACAAGUUCGAGAAUAAAAAUCUGCUUUGGUUGAUUAAUGUCAAUAGUACACUUCAUUAGAGAAUUAGUUUAAUCAAAUGUAAUAGAAUUUCAUUAGAAUAGAAUCUUAAACUAAUAGUAUGAAAUAAAUAAAUCAGUAGUUAGAAUAAUCUUUAUAACAACAAUAGUAGGUUAAUUCAUAGAUAAUUUAAAAAUAAGAAUAAUCAUAUUAAUAAUAAUUAGAUUAAUUGACUCUAUAACUUCAAGAUAGUUAGAAUUAGAUUAAAUAACUUUAAUAAAAGAAUGGAGAGUAGAGGUAGGAGAUUCAAAUGAUUAGAAAUGAUUAAAAGUAAUGGGAGAACAAUAAAAUAAAUGAAUUGGUUUAAAUAAAAUAGGAAAGUGAAAGAUAGAUAUAAAGAUUGAUGGAUUAGGUUAGUUAAAUAGAAGGAUUAAAUAAGCAAUAUUAGAAUGAAAUUUUAGAGUUGAACAAUAUAAUAAAAAGAUAAAUUGAAGAAAAGGAUAAGAGUAAUAUAAAUGAUCAAGUAAUUUAAUAAUUGUAAACAAAGCUAAAAUGUAAUUAAUUAACUUCUAUUAUUUUAUAGUAAGUGAAGAAUAAAUAGAAAGAUUACUUAUGACUAAUAGGUCAUUGAUGGAAGAGAAUGCUAAUCUUCAAGAGUAAAUUAAGGAUGAUUUAAACUCUAGUUUUUGCAGCAAUUCUUCAUAAAAGUGA